UACCCACAAUGCCGAAGUCUAAAGGUCGGAGGUAAACUGUCAUGUCUGCUGAACUGUCAACUAAGUCGUGCUAAGAAGUCUAAGUUCAUUUAAAUUCAUUACUCUGAAUUACCAUUAAAUCUAAACGUGCUUCAUACUCUGGUACAGAGGUCUGCUUUCAUAUCCCAGCCUGCUAUUAUAGUUUCAUGAGCGGAGCUUGCGAGAGGUCCAAGAAUCCUGUCUUGGAUUGUUGUGGAGGACUCAAUAACGUGGAUUACUCCAAGGUGGACAUGUCCGUCCUGUUCAACGUCUUCCAGCUGGUGAAUCUGCUUGAACCGAGGUUCUGUGUGGCUGUGAUCGCCAUCAUCUUCAACCCAUUCUUCUGGAAUGUGGUGGGUCGAUGGGAGCACAGGACACGAGGGCUGACUCGGAUGUUUGGGAGCCCCUAUGUGGCUUGCUACUGCUUAGCCAUAGCUAUUCUUCUUCUCAACGUCUACCGCAGUCACAGCAUCACCGUGGCGAUAAAAGGCCAGCCCAGGUGUUCGUUGAUGGACAGGUGGGAGGUGUUCCAGGUGGGUGUGGCCGCCAUGGCUGCCGGCUCUCUGUUCGUGGUCAGCAGCUUCAUAGCACUGGGAUUUACCGGAACAUUCCUGGGCGAUCACUUCGGGAUCCUGAUGGAGAAGAAGGUCACCGGCUUCCCCUUUAACAUCAUGGAGAACCCCAUGUACUGGGGCAGCACCCUCAACUACCUCGGCCUGGCUCUCAUGAAUGCCAGUCCAGUUGGUGUUGUGUUGACGGGAGUGGUUGCUGUGUCUUACAAGGUUGCCAUCGCAUAUGAGGGAGCUUUUACGGAGGAGAUCUAUCGGCAGAGAGCACUGUGCUGCAAACACAAAUGAAGCGUGAAGACCACUCUGGGACGGACCUGCCCUCACCUGACACAGAACUGGCCGGACCAACACCAGAAGAGAACCGGAUCUGGGCCAGAAUCACCCCAGCUGCUAUUGGGGACGUGAGCGUGCGUGCGUGUGUGUGUGUGUGUGUGUGUGUGUGUGUGUGUGUGUGUGUGUGUGUGUGUGCGUGUGCGUGUGCGUGUGUGAGAGAGAGAGAGAGAGAGAGAGUUCAUUCAGUCCUCCAACAUCCCACAUCCGGAGUCCCCCGCCCACACCUUCCGUUCCGGAACCUUGAACGGAAGACUCAGGACAACCAGGAGACCAAGAGCCAUUACCUGCCCUUCUGGAUCUUUCCGUGGUCAAAUCCGAUAGCAACGCAUCAGGUUUUCCAGUUUUUACACAAAGUCCUCUUAUGCGAAUGUGUCACUGUGGAUUUAACCUUUCUGAAACAGUCACAUAGCAAUCCCAAGACCCUGAUCACCAUUUUUCUGCACACAAGAACAUUCUCCAGCAGGGGCACCUCACACUUAAAGCUUUACCAAUCUUCAGUUGUCAACAAAGCAUUUGUCAAUUAAGCAUGGAGUCAGAAUGAGUGUGUGUGUGUGUGUGAGAGAGAGAGUGUGAGUGUGAGUGUGAGUUUGUGUGUGUGUGUGUGUGAUUGUGUGUGAUUGUGUGUGUGUUAGUGAAUGUCUGUGUUAAGUUUUUCCCAUAGCAUAUGAAUAGUCCCCUAUCCUGGUCCAGCUGCACACAACCAUGGCAGAGACUUGACCAAACAGGACUUCCUCAGAACAUCUCUCUUCAGUCACCCUCUGUCAAAUAUUCAGACCACUUAUUUUUAAUGCAGGUUAACCUGCUGAUCAUGUGUCUGUCAGAACAUCUGGACAAUCUCGUUCCUAUCUUUGUGGAUGGGGAAACUCCUCUGUGAGAUGAAUACUGAAUACUGAGAUGUUGCUCGAUCCAAAAAGACCACAGUGUGUGCUUCCUGUUUUUAAUGAACAUAGUUGAAUCUUUAUAAAUCUUUUAAAUACUACAUAAGAAUUAUAAUAGCCAUUACAUCUGAUAUCCAGAGCAUGUGUUGACAAAUGCAUUGAUUCUGUCUUCACGGUAUUGGAAUAUGCAUUGAUUCUGUCUUCACUGUAUUGAAAUAUGCAUUGAUUCUGUCUUCACUGUAUUAAAAUAUGCAUUAAUUCUG